AUGGCGGCCGUGCUCGACACCACCUCGUAUACCUUCACCCAGUUCGAGCGCCUCGUGCCUCUUACAAGCGUCCGACCUCCCGCAGGCGUAUUCAACGCUACCUUUGCCGACCACGGCUUCUCGAAUCUACGCACCUGUACCGCCGUGCCCGGCACCGCCUUCGACCUGACAUUCAACCUGACGGGUGCUCGCCGCCUCAUCUUCAAGGGCGGCCUCAGCGCCUCCGUGCCGCUGUCGAUGUGGUGGUGGGACAUACGGACGGCCGGCAAGCGCGGGCUCGUCACCAUCCGCACAGACGGCGGCGAGCAGCGUGUGGUCCCUGUGCUCGAGCUGGGCAUCUCGAGCGUCGAGAUCGAUCAGGAGCUGCGUGCUGAUGGUGGGGCGGCCCCGGCGUAUGAGGGGUUUAUCGAUGCCACGGGCGUUUGGCGCGGCAAGACGGAGGUGAGCGGGUACGGGUUGGUGGAGAUUGUUGUGCUGGGCGUUUUUGACUACUGA